AUGUUAACACGAAUUCCUUUCCGACAAUUUUCGAAAUUAACAUCGGAAAAACGUACAUCACGUUUAUAUCGUUGGCUGGAUGCGUACGAAGACUUUGUUGGGCUUAAAGAAGUUAAACAAGCACAAACUACAGUGAACGAUGCGGAACGGCAAUUCUUACAGACUCAAACCGAACGCCGAUCGUAUUCCGAUGAAUUGAUGAAGCUUCAGAACGAAUUAGCGCGUAUUCGAUUCGAUAUGGAGAAACUGUCGCGGAGUGAUGAUGCAUACUUUGAAUUGUUCAAAACGGAACAUGAACUUGUGAAGAAAGAAAAAUCGACACAAUUGGAAUUGAAGAAACAAGAUGAAAUCGAACGGCGAUUGUUCUCGUCAUUACAGUUGGCAUUACGUGAAAGUCAAGAAAAGGAGAAAAUGCGCGUUGAGAGAACAAAAUAUUGGUCUAUCAUUGGUUCAGUCGUCGGUGCCUUAGCCGGAAUGAUUGGCGCAACAAUUUCCAAUCGAUAUCGUAUGAAAGAAUUUCGUGAUAUCACCAAUGACUCACAAAAGUUAUACGAAGAUUUGAUUAUUAAGCAAGAAGCUUCAAUAAAUGAAUUAAAAAAGGAGCUAACAAGUCUAUCUUCAUCGAACGAUUCUUUCGAACAUAUUUUACUCCUAAACGAACAGAGUGAACAGCGUCUGCAAUCAAACCUAAUCCAUCGUACUGGUGUUUUACGAGUGAAUCCUUUUCGAUUACAGCUGAACAGAUUAUCCUCAGCCGGUGGAGGAGUGAACACUAACAGAUAUACAGGAAUUGUGAAACGCUUCUCUAAGGAGAAAGGUUUUGGUUUCAUCAAACGAGAUACUGACGGACAAGACGUGUUUGUACAUUUUCAAGCUAUUCUCGGUACUGGUUUCAAAACUUUAAACGAAGGACAACAAGUAGAAUUCCAAGUAUCGGAUGGAACGAAGGGACCUGAAGCACGCGAUGUAGUAGUAAAAAAUGCGACAACUGUCACGUCUGACAAGCCAAUGAAAAGUCUUUCAAAAGAUCGAUAUACUGGUGUUAUCCGCAAAUUUGUGAAAAAUCGUGGCUUCGGUUUUAUCACGCGAAAAAGUGAUGGUGCGGAUGUUUUCAUGCAUAGUCGCUGGAUACAUCCAAGUGAUCUUGAGCAUCUUCAUGAAGGAAUGGAAGUUGACUUUCUCGAAAGCGAAAGUGAUCGUGGACUCGAGGCGAGAGACAUUCGCAUUGUUGAAAGUUUGACUAACGGUCAGAAAAACAUCGAAACGGGAACGAUUCAACAAUGGAAUACGGAACGUGGUUUUGGUUUCGUACGUCGAGCAUCCACUGGAAAAGAUCUUUUCGUUCAUGCUCGAUCCUUGGUCGACGGUAUGCGGACGUUGGACGUCGGUCAACAAAUUCAAUUUCAAUUACGCUCAACGGGCAAAGGCGAAGAAGCAUGUGAUGUACGUUUAAUUGAAAACAAGCAAAACGAAUCUUUAACAAAGAAAUAA